AUGGUUUGACACCUCUAUUAAGAAUAUGUUUAAAUAGCGUUUAGCAGGAAGAAAUGCUGCCCAGCAAUAUUUGCCGUACGUGUGCCCUGCAUAAAAACAAUUUGCUGGCCCUGUCCACUUCCUUGGAUCAGUAUACGAAUAAAAGUUUUUAUGAUGUACUCCAAGAACUGACGCAGAUCGAUCCUCUGCUGGAGAAUGCUGACGACAAUCUGCCCCAGCAUCUGUGUACAGAUUGCUUGGACAGGCUGAAGAACGCGUACGCCUUUGUGGAGCAGGCCAGAAAAGUCAAUGGAGAGCUGCUGAUGCGGCUGCAGGAAUGUCUGGAGGAGAGCCCCAUUGACAUACCAGAGGAGCAGAUUAAAACAGAGAUCGACAUUGAUGAGGAGCAAAGAGAUUUCAGUGAUUCUGGAGAGGCACAGGGAUUGUCUGAUGUGGAUGUGGAGUCGGCUGGCGCGUGCUCUGUUGAGUACAAAUGGACGCCAGAAAGUGACAGCGAGGAUGAAAAUGCCGAUGCACUCUCAAACGAUGAAGAUGAUGAUGGGGAUGAGCAGCAGCAGCCCUAUGCCUUGCGACGAAGUUCACGCAAAGUCAAGCCACAGGCGGAUAGUGAAGUGGAGGAACAGCCGCCCAACAAGCGGCGUCGCGGACGUCCUCCUGGUCUCGCCAAAAGCAAGUCUAGGAAUUCCGAAGGUCGUCAUGCCUGUGAGGUGUGCGGCAAAACGUUUUCCUGGUUCCGAGACAUGAAGCGACACGCUCGCGUCCAUUACGAAAAGGCCUCGUUCGUCUGCGACAUCUGUGGCAAGGGAUUCCUGCGCAAGGACAAGUACACGUUCCAUCUACGCUCGCACGAGAAGAGAGAGGCCAAGUGCCAGGCCCUCCAGCUGAAGAACGAGUGGAGAUACGCGGAGCGUUUGUACAGCUCCGGGCGACUGAAGCGAAUACAAUGCAAAUUGUGUGGCCUGAAAUGCCAGCGAAUGCAGGAGCUCCGAUCCCAUUUGUUGAGUCACACUCGCACGGAUGGUUUGACCAGUCUGCGUGCGGACAGCGAUGUGGUCAAGGAACAUUUUGCCAGUGUGCCAUUUGACCUGGAAAAGAUCAAGCAGCGGGUCUGCACGGAAAUAGCCGAAGGGCAGCUGGAAAAGUACUCGUGUGUGGUUAAUUUCCACGGCUACGAGCUGUGCCUGAGCGACUCGGACGAUGAGCCUGCCGGUGGAGAGCCACCGUAUCGUUGUGACCCGUGCAAUCAGUCGUACACGCGAAAAUAUCGCCUGAUGCGUCACACACUGGAGGAGCACACCCAAUCGCCCAUUUCGCAGCGUUGCAACCUGUGCAAAGUUGGUUUCGUGUGUGCAAGGCUCUUUGAACAGCACCAGCGGACCCAGUGCCAGAGCAAAGUGAAACGCUAUCGCUGCCGCAAGUGUCCGGGGAAGUUCAUGUGGCUGGAGAAUCUGGAGCGGCAUGCCUGCUCCCAUCGCAAGGAGGAGCAGUCGUACAGGCAAAUCAUUUGCUGCCUGUGCGAUGCUCAACUGUACAGCUUGAGGCAGCUGCGCGCACACCUGGCCACCCAUCGACAUGGAUUGAGUGGCAUUGAUCCGGAGCAGAAGUCCACCUUCUUUCGUUCCUACUAUCCCAACGGAUUGGGUUGCAGCCUUUCCGAGCUGAGCUCCCGCAUAGCUGGGGACUAUGAGGCCCAAGACUUUGGACGCUACUACAACGCCUGCACGGGAAGUGGUCAAGAGCUGGAUAUUUUUGACUCCGAAACAGAGGAGGGCGAUGCGCACGAAACAGACGAAAAGCCGAAACUCUUGCACAUCUGCCUGCUGUGUGGAGAGACUUCUAUUCGUCUGCUCCAGCUGCUGCAACAUCAGAGGAGACUCCACUGCGCAGAGGACACCACGUAUCCCUGCUCUUGCGAGGAUUGUGGCGCUGGCUUCGUGUCCGAUGCCUUGCUAGAGCAACAUCGCAGACGAUCCUGUGCUAAGAAGCACUCAAAAUACCACUGCCAGCAAUGCAAUCUUCAUUUUGUGUGGCAAUCGAACUACGAGCAACAUCUGCGAUUGUACCACUCCAAGGAUGAGGAUCAGGAGCAGUCGGAGGACUGCCAGCAGGGUAGAAAAUAUAAAUCUUCGCCCGUCAAGCUACAGUGCGAUGAAUGUGAAAAGGUCUUCAUUUGGCACAAGGAUCUCACGCGACACAAGCGAAUUCAUCGCCAUCCGUCGGCAGCCCAAUACGAGUGUGCCCAUUGCGACCGCAAGUUCCAUCGCAAGGAUGGCCUCAAGUCCCACAUGCGGGUGCACAACGAACAGCAGCAGCAGGAGGCGGCUGUAAAUGAGGAGCAGCCUUCUUCCGCCCAGUCGACAUCUACAAACAGUAUUCAGAGAAUGACCGGGGAGCAGCUGACCCAACUAUGCCGUCCAAAUGGCUGCAAGCAAAUCCAGUGCAUGAUUUGCCUCUCGCGCCACUCGAAGAUCGCCGACUUGAGGACUCACCUCAGCGGGCACCAGUAUGGAGCGGGCUUUCCACAGGACAGGGAUAUUGCCAGUGCCUCGCGCUCGCUGUAUCCCGAACUGGGCACUGCCCUGGAUAAGCAGGAGCUGCUGGAGAGGAUCAUGAGCGAUGUGGCAAGCGGCUUGGAGUUGGAGCGAUUCAUUUCCAUAACCAACGAGGCUGGCAUUGAGCUCUCGCUGGAGAGCAGUGAAACGGAAACGGAUUCAGAGCAGGAGGAUGACGAGAGUUCCGAGGAAGCGGAGCAGCAGCGGUACGCAUGCAACAUUUGCCAGCUGGAGGUAAAGCGGAAGCAUCAGUUGUAUGCCCACCAAUUGGAGCAACACCAGUGGGAGGAGGCGUCGCUUGUGUGCGCCCACUGCCAGGCAAGAUUCGUGAGUGAGGCGCUGCUGGCGCAUCACUACCGGACACUCUGCCGGAAUACCCAGAAGCGCUUCCAGUGCCGCAAAUGUCCGCUACGCUUCCGCUGGCGGGAAAACCUAAAGCUGCACGUCAGUGCCUCCCAUCAGCAAAGGGAACAAAUCCAACCAGCUGUAGAGGAACCCAGCAGGAAGGCCGAGCUCGAGCUGCAGUGUGGGGAGUGCAAUCGCAGCUUCAAGAUGCAGAAGGAUCUGACGCGGCACACGCUGAUGCAUGCCCAGGAAUCGAGCAUUUAUCGCUGUCGUUGGUGUGCCCGCCGGUUCUACAGGAAGGCCAAUCUCCUGCAGCACAUUGAGCGGCACGGCAUCGGAGCUAGCCAGCUGCCCUACGCGGAAGCUCUCCUCAAUGCCUAUGGCCAUCCCAAUGGGCAGAAGAGUGUGGAGUGCAAAGUGUGCAGCCUGAGCUUCUCCAGCAUCGCUGCCCUUCGCGUUCAUCUGGAGACCAUGGCGUCGGGCAGUCACCACGAGCUGUCGUCUCACCAGAACUACUCGAUAACCAACCAUAUGGGAUUCGAGCUGCAUUUGGAUGACUCGGAGACGGAUGAGGAGGACUCCAAACCACCGGGCACGCCUGCAUCCUACACGUGUGGCAUGUGCCAGCUGCGGUGUGUGCGAAAGUACGAGCUGCAUCAGCACCAGCAGGCCAUGCACAGGUUGGAGAAGAUCCCCGAUGGCUGCGAUCGAUGCAUUUUCAAGAGCGUCUCCCCCGAUAUUAUCGCGCACCACAAGCGGGUGCAGUGCCACAACCAGGAGAAGCAGUUCAACUGCGCCAAAUGCGGCUACAAGUUCAUGUGGGAGUCCAAUCUGCUGCUGCACAUGCAGCUGCAGCAUGGAAAGGCCGAAGAACAGGAAGACCCACCCCUGGAUGAGCCCGAGGAGCAGAAGACUGUGUGCCAGAUCUUUCAGUGCGGCCUCUGCCCCAGGAAGUACAAUCGCAAGGAUCGGCUGACGGCUCAUGUAAAGAAGUUCCACAACCCAGUGGCAGGAACCCCAAGCGUCAUACGCGCACCCAUCCGUCCAGCGUCGCCCAAGGAGCCGAAGCGCUUUCUUUGCGCCUUCUGUGGCAAGGCUGUGAGCUCCUCCUCGAACCUCAUCAUCCAUAUGCGACGUCACACGGGCGAGAAGCCCUUUAAGUGCGACUACUGCGAAAUGGCCUUCCCGCGCUCCUCCGAUCUUCAGUGCCAUCGACGAACGCACACCGGCGAGCGGCCCCACAUCUGCACCGUCUGCCAGAAGGGCUUCGCCAGAUCCUACAAACUGCAGCAGCACAUGCGCAUCCACAACGGCGAACGGCCCUACAAGUGCACCUACUGCGAGAAGAGCUUCACCCAGUCCAACGACCUGACGCUCCACAUCCGCCGCCACACCGGCGAGCGUCCGUAUCAGUGUGGGGUAUGCGGCGAGCGUUUUAUCCAGGGCACGGCCCUCAAAAACCAUCGACUGCAGCAAGGACACAAUGACGAGGCCAGCCAGGGAGCUGCAAAGUCCUCAAGGCGCACGGUUCUAGAGCAAUUUACAGUAUAGAAAACAAGAAUAAAUAAAAAUGAAACGAA